AAAACAGUGGAUGUUGGUAAAGUUCUAUUAAUUCUUACAUUCUUGAAGCUCUAAUUCUGUCAAAACUGAAAUUUUGAUUCAGCAGUUCAUGCAACUGCAUUAGGAAUUUGGGUGUACGAAUCCGCCAUAGAUGUUCUUACCAAGAAUCAGUUCCCAGUUCAAUUGCGAGCUUCGUCUUCUUCUUCCCUCGUCCAGACUCUUCCACUGCAACUCCAUCGUUUCCCAGCAUUUCUUCUACCGAAUUCCAUCUUCACCGAAUUGCUCGUCUGAGACUCAUCGCUGCGAUUUGAAGCUCGGGGCUGAAAAUUUCAUAGCGAGGGCAAUUUCUUCGCGAGCAGAAUCAUCGGCGCCAGAAAUGGUUAAGGCCAUAAGGGUUCAUGAAGUUGGUGGCCCUGAGGUUCUUAAAUGGGAGGAUGUGGAUAUUGGAGAGCCAAAGGAGGGUGAAGUUCGAGUUAGAAAUAAGGCGAUUGGUCUUAAUUUUAUUGAUGUAUACUUCAGGAAAGGAGAUUACAAGGCUGCUACCAUGCCCUUUACUCCAGGCAUGGAAGCUGCUGGGGUGGUGACCGCUGUCGGCCCUGGAGUAAACGACAGGAAAGUUGGGGAUCUUGUUGCUUAUGCUGGGAACCCAAUGGGCUCAUAUUCUGAAGAACAAAUACUUCCUGCUGAUAAAGUUGUUCCAGUUCCUCCCUCAGUUGAUCCCAUAAUUGCAGCAUCUGUCAUGCUGAAGGGUAUGACAGCCCAAUUUCUAUUACGUCGAUGUUACAAGGUUGAACCGGGAAAUAUUGUCCUCGUUCAUGCAGCAGCCGGUGGAGUUGGAUCCCUGUUGUGCCAAUGGGCUAACAGUCUUGGUGCCACUGUCAUUGGUACUAUCUCAACCAAAGAGAAGGCAAUUCAAGCCAAGGAGGAUGGAUGCCAUCAUGUUAUUAUCUCUAAGGAAGAGGACUUUGUUGCUCGUGUUAAUGAGAUCACUUCCGGAAAUGGAGUUAAUGUUGUUUAUGACUCUGUAGGAAAGGAUACCUUUCAGGGAUCAUUGGCAUGUCUGAAAACUCGUGGCUACAUGGUGAGUUUUGGACAAUCAUCAGGACCAGCAGACCCAGUUCCACUCUCAGCUCUUGCAGCAAAAUCUCUGUUCUUAACAAGGCCUUCCCUCAUGCAAUAUACCGCGACCCGAGACGAGCUACUGGAGGCUGCUCAAGAGGUAUUUGCAAACAUAGAAUCUGGCACUUUACGGGUUCGUGUUAAUCAUACAUACCCUUUAUUUGAAGCUGCACGGGCGCACGCUGACCUCGAGAGCCGAAAAACAACAGGGUCAAUCGUGCUGAUACCUUAAAAUACUGUCCUUGAAAAUAAGGUUCAUGUUGGUUUAUGCUCCAUUUCUGUUUGAACUGCGUUUGUAAUGACUUUCUGAGAUGAACAGGCUAUGGGACGUUUGCUUUCAAUAAAUUUUGUGGUAGCCGCAUGUUUUAUUA